GCGCGCACCUCGUAAACAGAUGCAUCCAGUUUGACCUAAGUUUUACAAAAUAACUUUAUAAAAAGGCAGUAAGAUGACAAGCCAGAAUGAGACUUGACUGAAGGGAGUAACAGUGUUAGAGAGCAAGGGAGGAGAGAUAUGUCGCGUGUGGUGUUCCCGUGUGACCAGGAAUGCUGGUGGAUGGUGAAGGACAACCUCGCCAGUCUCCGGCAUGACUGUGUACAGGGUCUUGUUGACAUGCAGAUGAUAGCAGUCAGACACCAAACUAUUGUGGACAUUAACAUGGGCUUCCCAUAUCAGCAACCUACUUCCUGGGAAAACUGCAUCUUUAGUGGGCUCUGCAAGUUCUUCAGAAAGCCUGACCAUGUUGGAGAACUGCCAAAAUUCAUCUCUCACACUCUGCCAGCCAUUAUAGACCUUGCCUUCGAUGUUGAACACAUUUUACCACCAGAGGGUGUAGCAAUCAGUGUGCAGCAGAAAGAUGACCAGCGUGAGAUCCCGCGUCUGCUAUGCUGGUCUAUAGUGGCAUGUGGGUUUCUGUGUCUCUUCCCAAACGAGGAAAGGGGAUUUGGUACGAGGCUUAACACCAUCAACUUUAACCGAUUCUUUGCCCAUCUUCCACUGUGGUCCCAGAACGCCAAGCUGCAGUGUAUACUUCAUUUUUUUGACCGCGUCCAUGCUGAGAAGACCAACGCUAGCGGCAACAUUAUCUUCACCAGACAGGUGAUACGUGCUGAGGAGUUACCUACCCUUGACACCUGGCUCAACUGCACCAGUGAUCUAUGUCCUGUGGAUGUCUUAGAGGAAGGCCUUAUUGAGGAUUCCGGAUGUGGCACAUUACAGGUGGACUUUGCGAACCGUUUCAUUGGUGGAGGAGUAUUGGGGAGGGGCCGGGUACAGGAAGAGGUGCGGUUCACUGUCUGUCCAGAGCUGGUCGCAGCCAUGUUAUUUAUGGAAUCAAUGGAGGAAAACGAAGCUAUCGUUAUCAGUGGUUUCCAGCAAUACUCGAUGACGUGUGGCUAUGCAGCUGGGCUGGAGUUUGUUGGAGAUAAUGAAGAUAAAGCUGAGGUUGAUGAGAGAGGCAACCUGAAGACGACAUUAUGUGCCAUAGAUGCAUCCAGAGAUGACCAUUCCAGAGGGACAAAGCGGUCAGCCACAGUGAAACAUCACAAGCAAUACGAUGAUAGGGUGCUGCUUAGGGACAUCAACAAGGCAUUUGUUGGCUUCUGUGCACCGUUCAGUCUUCCUGCUAGUGUACAGUCGGACUCGCCAAGAUCAGAGGAUUUCUUCACCCCAGAAGGCUCGCACACGGAGUGUAAUGAGCAAGUACCAAACCUGGCCUUAAUUGACGAGUUUGUGGAGAACCUGUUGUCUUCUGCAAUGAUUUUGGCCCUUCCUCUUGCCUCCCGGGCUUUACAGGCUGAAGAAUCCGGUGCUUCCACCUUCCCGGUUAACAGAGAGAGCAGCAGCACAAAUUCUGAUACAGACGUUGUAAGUGCGGUCAGUCUGGUGGACAGCAUCCAACAGCGACAAUCUAGUAUGGACCACCUCGACGUUAACUUCAGAGAAUGGUAUAACAAUUACAGGAGACGGAGUUCAAACCUGAGUGACUUAAGCUCGCGUAGAAGCAGCUACGAUUGUGCUUCAAGGCGCAGCAGCAAUUGCAGUGCAAGGGGAGGUUAUAGCUCUGAGUUCAGCUCUGAGUUUGAGGAAUAUUAUGACAACUUUCAACAGCAGGAGAGAUACAAGUAUCACACAAUAACAGAAGAAGUCGGCUCAGCUGCUGUCAUGGAAUUUGCUUCUACACUGGCUGCGAGUCUGUUACAAGCCGGGACUCAAGAAGCAGCGUUUUUAUGUCCUUCGCCGAGAGACUUUCAAGAAAGCUUGCCGGAUGAAAAUGUGUAUAAAAAACCCACACCAAUAAAACUGUCACCGACCUCUCCUGCAGAAUCAUUCUUUACUUCUGGUGAUAAUAGCUUUAACAUUGUUUUACGGGAAGAAUGUAUUAGAAGCUAUGUUGAUAUUUUAUUCUUUGAAAUUUGGCCAUUCCCAAUAGCUGAAAGUGUAGAAAUUGAACGAAAAACAAGCAUCUAUAAAGAGAUUAGGCAAGAAAUUUGUGAACAUUUCAGACAUGGUUAUAUAAAUGAUGAAGACAAUCAAGAAAAUAAUAUAAGUGAAGACAAUCUAGUAGACAAUACUGAUGUUGAACAUAACAUCUCUGAAGACGAUGUUAAUAAAAAUGAUUCCAAAAGUAACACUAGUGUGAUUGUUGAUGAUGAUAUUUUAUUAGCUGUAGCCGACAGAAUUGUCACAAUAGCCUUCCAGGAGGCUUUACUGGAAUAUAAAUAUGUUUCAAAUUUCAAGAAAAAUUGUUUCCCUCAAGAUUUUUCUGAGAGUAGCCAAUCAGAUCAUUCCAUUGAUGCAAAGGACCAAUCAGAUUCAAGCUUUCAAGAAAGUAGUUCUUACUCACAAACUAACCAAGCAAACCAUGGAAAAAUAGACCCAGCCGUGCAAGUUGCAGAGAAAAUGGUUUCAGGUCUUUUUAGUAAAAAAACUUUGGAAGACACUAAUUCAAAUUCAGCAGUUUCUCAAAGUUUACCAGUUGGAAGAGACAGUAGUAAAGGUUUGGUAGAUUCUGUUGCAUCGCCAUCUAAAUGCCAGCAAAGCUGUGAUAGUACUGUUAAGGUUGUUAUUGACAGUGUUCCAAUCAAACAUUCCACUACAACAAGUGAUAACUUGUCACACAAUGAGAGAGAGAUGUAUAGUAGAAUAGCUGACAAGAUUUUACUCCAAGGUUUAAGCCCUGGGGACGAUACUGAAUUAGCAAGAAGUAUAAAAAUGGACGAACUCGCUAGUGGGAAUGACAGUUUAACUGAUAAAAGGAAAUUAUUUUGUGAACCUACUGUGCCAUCUUUUGGUCGUAGUUCUAGUCAAUCUGAAUCAAACUCGCAGGAAUCAGAUUCCUCGUGUGUUCCAAAUAGUUCUGUAUCCUCUGGUCUUUCAUCAUGUGCUAAGCUGUCCAGUCUAGACAAAAGCAAGUUGAAAACUAGUGUAAAGAAUGAAAGAGAAUUUAAGCAUACAGUUCCGGUAGAGAUUAAUCAAGACUUACAAAGUGCUAAUAUAGAUUACGACAUGUUGGGUGCUAGGCCUAAGGUUAAAGAGAGUGUUGUACCAAAACCAAAGGCUGGUAAAUCUACCUCUGAAAACAAACAAUCUGAGGUAAGGAUUUCAAAUAGGAGUUUUUCUAAUUCUGAUUCCAAUGAAAGUUGCGGCAGCUCAUUCAGGAUCCCAAGUACGAGCCCAGACACCUCAAGUUCAGAUAACUCUGCUCACCAUGGUGCCAUAGGGGCUAAAAGUCACAUGACUAGUCAUGUGAUCACAGCUGUGAUACCUACAUCCCCCGGUGAAUCUAACCCAAAGUCACACAGUAAACUAAAAUCGAAGCCCUGUUUUCCAUUCAUGACAGGAAAUAAAAAGAACUAUGAUCAGUUCGCGAACAGUCUGUCCCGUGAUUUGUUGACGAAUGCAUUCCUUCAAGUGCAAGAACACAGGGAAUGUGUGAGCUACCCUCGACGAAGCAGUGAACCGAUGCAGAUCUCAAAUGAUGCAGCCCUUCAGAGGCUAGAGAAUUCUAUCAAUCACAGAAAUGGGCGCAGGACGGGUAAGAGCAAAACUGAUGAAGACAUCUCCCUAAUGGACUGGGAGUGGAGCCAGCAGAUAACUACUAAAACAUCUAGUGGCUUCAGAGAUCCGCUGCUUUCAAGGUUUGCAGAAGAGCUCAUGAAGGCAAAUGUAUCGGUUCCCCCUCUUCAACUUCUGGGAGCCGACCAGGUCAGCAUAAGCAGUUCCAGCCAGUCUGUCUGCAGUACAAUGUCAUCUUUUCGCGACCCACUCCUUGCUUCAUUUGAGGAGGAGCUAAUUAACAACAGCUUGAAGAUCACCACCUCAGCUAAGACUGUAACCUCAUGGUCCAAAAUGAAAGGUUCAAUGUGUUCAUCCAGGCAUGUUGGAAUUAAUAACAGUGCAAAUCAGGGAGGUUCUUUGAAAAGUCAAAAUAAUUUGAAUAAUAACAAGGUGGGUAAAAGGAACAGCCAAAGUGGAAAAUUUGGCCAAUCGGAAGAAAGGAGGCAAAUAACAAUUAAUGUAUCACAGGACAGUGAUAAUAGUGCAAUUUCUUGGAAGUCUGUUAGGUCCAGCAGUUUAUAUCAUGUUCCUGAUGUAACUGACUAUGCCGAUUCUCUUUCUCGUACCAUUAUCUGUGAAGCUUUGACUGCUGUUUAUGCUUUAAGCUCAUGCAAAAGUGAUACUAUGUCAGAUAGACAAAUGUAUGCAGUUGAUCUCUACAGUGACCUUUUGGCAAAGAGUAUAUUGGCUUCUGCCAUGGUAACUGUUGAAAUGGUGAACACUGAUUGGUCAGAGCAGAAUAGAGUGGUCACAUGGUCUGACAAGACAGAAUGUGUGCAGUACAGUGAGGCAAAUUUGGAAGAUGAUGUAAUGGAGAAAAGAGACAUGGAAAGCUGUGUAGAUCCAGCCCGCUGUUCUAGUGAGUAUGAAGAUGCCUUGGACAUUCCGUACCAGUAUUUGGAGCAGUUUGCUGAUGUUCUCGCCUCCAAAGUUCUCAUUAACUCUGUGGCCAUCAGCCGUAGAGAACACCUGUCCAGCUUAAGGCAACAGUAUGGCCGCCCUAUCGCCACCGGUAACUGGGGGUGUGGGGCAUUUGGUGGAGACCCCCACCUCAAGUCCCUCCUGCAGUGGAUGGCAGCUAGCUAUGCUGGAUGUCCUUGCCUUCUCUACUACACCUUCCAAAAUGCCAACAUGGAAAAGUUCCAGGAAGUGGUUGACCUGAUACUAGAGCGAGGCUGGGACGUGUCUCGUCUGAUGCAGGUUGUGCGGCGUUAUUGCAUUACCACUUGCGAGGAGAUAGAAGCCAGUGGGGCUCCGACUCGACAACUGUUUGACGUCAUACUGCAGGGUGAAAUCUUCCCGGGUGUUUAGAAUUUGGAACAUUUAAAGAUUUGCGAAUGAAGCUAAAAAAAAUGCAAUAUUCCUACGGCUUGAAUUUAUAUAAGAUGAGAUGGCACAUUUGUUCAUAUUGAAAUAUUUCCAGCAGGGGUUUUAAAGCUCAUUAUCAAUCUUGAAAUCAGCAUUGCCAGCUGUUAACAUCAGGCUAGUGUACAGUUGUAAAGAUUAUUUUUUUGCGUGGACAAUUGUAUCCAAAACAGUAAAAAGUACCUUAAAAUGAAUAUACAUUACUUUUGAAAUCAUUUGGAAAGAGAUCGAAGUCCCUUGACACUGCUUUGAGAAGGAACUUAUACCCAAACAAACCCCCAGCUAUUUUUCAAGAUUGACAAUUGUCAACUGUUAUAACCCUGGAUUUCCAGGCUGGCAAAAUAUUGUGAACUUCUGUUACUAUAAUACUCCUAAUUCAAAUUUCAUGUACACUUUACCUAGAAUUAAUUUUUAUGGUUCCUCUUGCAUGAUAAAAGGAUAAAGCAAGGUGCAUGCUGGUUGAAUUCAGUAAAUACUUUUAUAGUCACUUUUAUAUUUUUGAGAAAAUAUUCACUUUUUGUUAUUCACUGCAGUGUUAAUAUAGGUCACCACUUGUUUACUUGUUUUAUGUUUUGUGUUUUAGCUGGGUUUUUUAAUUAAUGAAGUUGAGGUAAUACAUAGAGAUGGUUUGCCUACAUUGUUGGCCUUGUUCAAAAUCAUGACUGUUUUUUAAGAUAUUAUUCUUAAACUUGGUACAUUUGUUCACAAAGAUAAUACACAUAGGGUUUUUCUUAUGAUCAAUCUUCUGAUACAAGAAUCAUUAUAAUUGUCUGCUUAUUUGCAUAUGCCCACAAGUUAACGUUUUCUGUAUUUAAGAAAUAUGGCGUCAAAGUUUUUAAUUUGAACAUUCAACAUAGAACUUGGGUCUUUGUAGAACUUUGAUAUACCCUUUUCCUAAUAUUUUCACAUAGAUAAUAUAUUCGCCAUUGGAUCUUUUCAAGCUGAUUCCAACAUAACCAAAGUCUCAAUAUUUGAGUGGCUUAUGGCCAUGUUGAAUUAAGCUGACAAAAUGGUUUGAUUGGUCACACACAGAUUUACACAUAGCGCUCUCAAUUUUGCUAUUACUAUAAUUUAAUUUUUCAACUAAAAUUCUUAUUCCUACAAUAUUUUGUCGUACACUUGGAAAUGGUGCCAUAUUUUAUAUUUCAUUAAUUGUAGCAAGGCCAUCAAAUUGGCUAGAUAUGUGUGGAGAAAUGCAACGGAUCAACUAAUAAAAAUAGACAAGCAUUAGCAUUCCCUUGUGGUACUCUUAUUUUGUGUCACUUAGUCUUAAUCAAACUAGGCAGCCUUAAUAUUUUCAGAUAUUACUUGAACAUGUUGAACAGGGGCGGUAUUCAAUAUAGUUCUUAUCCUUAUCCUUAGACAUGCCUCAGUGAUUCCAUUCAGUUGAUUGGUCAAUUUAUUUUACAGUCCAAUCAAAAAGCUGAGAUUUCACUCUUAAAUAUAAGAUUGAUCUAAGUUGUUUAUUGAAUAUGGCCCCAGGGCCAUAUUCAAUAAGCAACUUAGAUUGAACUUAAAUUUAAGAUUAGAAACUAAGUGUUUUGAUUGGCUUGUAUAUUAAGCUGACCAAUAGGCUGAAUGGAAUCACUGAGGCAUGUCUAAGGAUAAGAUCAAUAUUGAAUUCUGGCCAGCUCCAAUUACUUAAAAUAUCUGGAGUGAGACAAGCAGAAGUACUUACUUGUAUUUCAUUAAUCAAUUUUGUGUAUCUCUUGUAUCUCUCUCAAUAACUUUAUGAUUAAAACCAAUAUGUUACUGGUGAAUAGUGAGCAAAUAAACCAUAUUGUUGGUAUGGCCUAAAAGGAAUAUUUGUUUCUGAAAUCAUGUUAAAAGGUGACCUACACUGUAAGCUGCAUAAAGUAUUGUGAACUAUGUCAAUACAUGUUUUUGUCUUGUCAGUUUUCCUUUAACCUAUGCUUUUUCAUAGAUUUCACUUUUAUUUUCUUUAUUCUGAAUGUGAUUUCUGGUUUCGUUUAAUUGUAUUUUCUAAGUGCUAUAACCUCUGUUUUCAUUUCUUUCAGCCUUUUUAUAGGCAUUAUUUGGCCAUAUUAUUGAGCUAAAAAAAUAUCUAUUGUUCCCAAUUUGAAUGCACAUAUUUUGACAUUUAUCUUUGGAAAAUAGUGUCUUGACCACGAAUUUACUAAAUAAGAGAUAGUAUUUCAAAGGCAUUGAACAGAUUACAUUUGAUUAUUUGAUUAAUAUAAUUAUAUCUUGCUUGUAAAUCUCAGUCUUUUUAUUCCCCACUGAUGGAAUACCGUAAACCCUCAAAUAAGGUUCACGCUUAAUGGUGAAGAAUGACAAAUUUAUAUAUUUUAUCAAAGAUGAUGGUACCAUAAAGUUCCUGUCAGCAAAAAACCGGUUAUAAUCUAAAUCAGAACUCUUCCCUAGCUCCGACCUUCUGCAUAAAUCUUAUUCAAUAUGUUUAGAUACAUAAAGCUUUGAUUAUUUUGCCAUAUUGAUAUGCUAUUGGUGUAACUUGUUUUGUUUAAUUCACGCUUAUUAAAAUUAUUUGAACCACA